CCGCACGCACGCGAAACCUAACCAUCACAAUUCCAUACUUUUGCUGCAAUGUUUCAGAGGAAGACAGGAAUAAAAGGAUUAAAGAUGUACUGGCUGCCGUAAGUAUUUUAGCUAUUUCUAGCUAUUUUAUAAGUGCACAUUCGCGAAUUCAAGAUGUUAGCACAAUGCACAACAAGUUUGCUCAAAAGUUCCGAAAGGUAUCUGAUGAGUCUUUUAGCCAAGACGAAAUGCAGCGUAUUACCAGCCACGAAGUAUUUUUCCACAAGCAUUUCGCAAUAUUUUAUGGCAGAAAUGAAAUGUCCGUAAUACUAAAGGCAAUCAUUCAACUAAAUUGAAAUCUCACUGUACCUUAAUCGUCACGUUUACAUUUUUCUUCUGUACAAAAAUAUUUCGGAAUCUUACUCACUGAUACAUUUUGAGUGGUUUAUGUAUCAAUAUCCUUUUCUAAGUACUUUGAAAAUGAAAAGUUUAUACCCUUCUUAACCAACAGGUAUCUUUUUACAACACUAGCUCUACAGGGGCUAUUUCUGUAAAAAGGCCACUGUCCCAUGUGUCGAGAGGUUCAAUUAUAUUAAGUCGCUAAAACGAACAUUUUACAGGUUAGGUUAGUUUUUGUGCUUUUCCAGUUGUCUGUGUUCACGAAUUAAGUGUUUCAGAUAUCGGGACUUGGCGGUCAGAAAACUUGAUCUUGUAAACCACUCCUUGUCUUUGUUAGCCUUGUUAGCUAUGCCCUUUUCUUAUGCCAUUCAUUUAGCAAUGGUUACAGUGUAGCUAUCAGUCCAUAGGCUGCCGGCAAGAAUAGUUAGGUUAUGUUAGGGUUGUAAGAUUCUAUUCUAUUCCUAUCUCUGCCGACAGGUAGUGCUAACGCUUUGUUAAAUUGUCUUGCUAUAUUUUCGUGAAUGAAUUAUCCAGUAAUUGUCAUUUUUUUUACUCAUUUCACCGCGUCGGAUUGCAUAAGCGCUCAUUUUUAGGCGUCUAAGUUGAAAACACUCCAAGAAAUUCCAUCAAAUUUCCACUAAGGAAAACCUUUGCUGACCUUCAUGGGUGGAAAUGCUUAUUUUUCGACUUCUUGAAUCAGUUUGUGCGAGUAAUAUAGUUGGCUAAUGAUAUACAAUAUCCAUGACUUCAAGCCUCAAGUCAACGUAUCAGACAAGAAAAGGGCGAGCUUGGAUGUACCGUCGGAGCAUCAGACCAAGGAACAUCCGAGCCCGCAAAUAACAUAUACAUAACAUUUCUGCUUUCGGAAAAUCAAGGAACAGUUUACAACGUCUAAUUUACGGUCUGCUAAAGGCCGUUAAAUUCGAAAAUGAUGACUUCCGCUCAGGUUGUCGAAACCGCUGUCAAUGAUCACUAUCUCCAGAACUGCUUGAAUAAAAUACUUCUACUAUCACCAAAAACGGUUCUUCACUCUCACAUGCUCUACUCUUAUAUAUAGUCACUUCUGCUGUCUAAUUCUUUUUCAGCUUCAAGACCUUGCUGUAAUUCCUGGCUUGCGAGAUCCACGUUUGAAUUUUGCAGAGUCCGUCAUAGAAGGGCACACCCCAGGCAUGAACACUACUGGACAUUCUUACUUAAGGGUAGUUUUGUGGUUUUCUUUCCUGUCUCCCAUGAUUUUGGGUCCAUUUUUAUAUUUUUGGGUGUUACAAUAUUUAAAAGAUGAUACUCAAGGUAGCUCACUCUUGGAGGAUUGCGAUGGAAAACGUUAUAAGUGUAAAUAUAUUUGUUGUGGUAAAGAAAAACCACUGAUACGUUCAGUAACUAUAUUUUGUUGCGUCCUGUUGCUGAUAGAGGUUAUAUUUGUUUCUGUAAGUGUGAGUGAAUCUACCGAAAUUUCAAGAAGAGGAAAUUUGUCGAGUGUUUUUUAUGCACUCAUUGUGCUUAUACCAGAGUGGUUAAUUAUAUGCUGUUCUAACUGCCUUUGUUGUGCAGAUUUGAAUAUCAGUUCAUUUUUCAGCAGAUUACUGCUUAUCAUGUGCACUAGCUUUGUUAGUUACCAUUUUAGCUGGGUUGCAGUGGGUAUCAUGGUUAAUCCAGCUUGGGGCGUGUCUAUUUUGCUGAUACUUUCCUUUUUUUUCAUUACCUUAUUUUUUGUAAUCAAUGAAACAAUCCACUCAGAUGACUCCUGCUUUUCCACCUUUUUCGCAUAUACACCUGGCUUCCUUGGUCUUUGCGUUGUUGUUGUUGUUCCUCCAUUAUUAGUUGGGCAGUCAUUUUAUGGCAGGGAAACUGCAGAUGAUAUUCUAAAGGUAGUAUUAUUGCCUGUUAUCGGUGCUGUGUCAUGGCUGUCCUUCAAAUCCCGCAGAACUUCCUCAGAUACUUCACAGUUUAUUAAGGCUGCAAAGGAAGUAGCAGAAGCAGCGAGGGCUCUGGCCGAAAAAAUAACUGUAGCUCAGCCUGAUGGGACUGUGGUUGAUUCUGUAAUUGCGAGAGCUGCUACAGCUACAUCCUCUGCAGCUGUUGCAACUGCAGCGGCGGCUGAAGCUGUGGCUGUUGCUUUGGCUGCAACUGAGACUGAAAAUUCAAACACUAAAGCCUUGCGACGUAGGGACAAAUUAAGCAAUGAGAGAGUUCCCCUGAACGAAAUGAAGUAA